AUGAAUAUCAGUGCAACUUUAAACGUUUUCAAAUUAUUUUACAAUCCGAAACUUUGUCUACCACAGUUAACGAUCCCCACUUUCCAAAACCUUCCGAUACCGAUAAAUACAUCCAUAAAGGCCAUUGUAGUCGAUAAGGACAAUUGCAUCUCUUUCCCCCAUGAUGAUAAGAUAUGGCCUGCCUAUGAGAAACAUUGGGAAGAGUUGAAGAAGCGAUAUCCUGACAAUGCGAUCCUCAUCGUUAGUAACAGUGCUGGGUCGAGUGAUGACUUAGAUUACAAGCAAGCCAAACUGUUAGAGGACCGUACUGGAGUGAGUGUCCUUAGACAUUCUACAAAGAAGCCUGGCUGUAAAGAUGAAAUAUUACAGUACUUUUACAAGAACAAAAUUGUUGAAGCUCCUAAUGAAAUUGCUGUGGUAGGAGAUAGAUUAUUCACAGAUAUAAUGAUGGCAAACAUGAUGGGUUCCUAUGGUGUUUGGAUUAAAAAUGGUGUGAAACCAUCUAGGAGUAUUUUUUGUAGAUUAGAGAAAAGUCUGUAUAAUUUUUUAAAACCAGAUCAAUAA